AUGAUGAUCAAGCAGUCACCAUUCUUGUUUUCAACAGCAAUCUUGUUUACAGUUGCUGUUUUUGCAGCAGCACUUGAUCCUGCACCUGAAGACCCCAUUUUCGAACUCUACAUGCACGAUUUACUUGGUGGAAGCAGCCCCACCGCGAGGCCAAUCACGGGUUUGCUCGGGAACAUUUACAACGGUCAAGUUCCGUUUGCUAAACAGAUUGGUUUCACUCCUCCCGAAAACGGUAUAGCCAUUCCCAAUGCAAACGGCGCCCUCCCAACGGUUAAUGGUAUCAACGGUGUACCUCUUGGGACCGGUUUGUCUGGUACAGCUUACUCUGGUCAAAACCUGAAUGGGAUUCAGACUCAGUUGGGUCCUGAUGGUUUGAGUCUUGGGUUUGGCACUAUAACCGUGAUCGAUGACAUACUCACAUCCGGUCCAGACUUGGGUUCGCAGCCACUUGGUAAGGCUCAAGGAGUUUAUGUUGCAAGUUCUGCAGAUGGAAGCACACAGAUGAUGGCUUUCACAGCUAUGCUUGAAGGUGGAGAGUACAAUGACAACCUCAACUUCUAUGGAAUUUAUAGGAUCGGAAGCGCCAUGUCGCAUUUGUCAGUGACUGGAGGAACAGGUAGGUUCAAGAGUGCUUGUGGGUUUGCAGAGGUCAGGCCAUUGAUUCCAUCGGGUCAGCAUCAAGUGGAUGGAGCAGAGUCUUUGCUGAGGAUCAUUGUCCAUCUCAAGUACUAG